AUGAGGCGAAUCAAAGAGCAAGAUGGAGACGCCUUGGACCUUGCAAUGGGUGUUCUGUUGUGGAUCACCUGUGCCAAGAGACAGCUUACUACUUCAGAACUGCAGCACGCGCUUGCAGUGGAACAAGGAGCACCAGAACUUGACAAAGAGAACAUUCCACAGAUUGAAGACAUGGUCUCAGUAUGUGCUGGACUGGUUGUGGUUGAUGAAGAAAGUAACAUCAUCCAUUUAGUCCACUACACAACACAGGACUACUUUGAAGUGAGGAAGAAAUAUUGGUUCCCUGAUGCAGAGUCAAACUCCACAAUAAUUUGCAUUACAUAUCUCUCAUUCAACACCUUUGAAAGCGGUCCCUGUCUGAGCAACAAGGAGUUUGUGGCGUGA